AUGUUAUAUAAGUACCUGUUGCUGUUUUUUUUUGUAAAAGAUUCGCAGAGUGCAUAUCAAUAAGAAUUAAAUUCUGCGUUUCAAUUUGAAAGUUUCACUUUUUAUAGUGAUAAGUCAACUUUAGAAGAAGAGAAUCAUCAUUGUUUUGGUUAUGGUAUAUGGAGUAGAUAUGUCCCUCUUAGUAAUACUGCUUAAAUUGGAGUAAUUGGGAUGUUAGAUAGUAAUUGUUACCAUUUGCACUAAGCAAUGGAACAAACAACACAAUAAAUAAAUUUUGUAUAUUAUGAGUGUGUCAAUUUUGAUUCAUAAACAGUCACAAAAUAUAUUGAAUUUAAAGGAAGUGAUGGAGUCAAUUAAAAUACAUAAUUUGAUAUUAAUCCUUUCGAAUAUGAAUAUGUUUGGUAUUUUCUUGGUUUUGAAAUGGUGCCAUCAGAAAAUAGAUUUUCUAUAUAUUUUUACUAAGAAAACAUUUUUAUUGAUUCAAAGGAUUUUUAAGUUGAGUUUCCAUUUUAUGAUAAAGACUUAAAUUUAAUAUUUGGAGGAGAUUUAGAUUUAAAUAAUGAUUAACAAUAAUAUGUUAAUUUAUAAAACAAUAAACUUUCAUAUUUUCCUGGAUCAAUGAUGCUGCUAUUAAAUUAUGUUCAAACUAAUCCUUAAUUUUGUAGAGGUUCAAGUUUUAAAAGUUUUUCGAACAAUUUUGAUGAAUCUUGCGAAUGUUAUUAAAGAAUAAAUAGUAUUGUUGAUGCUGAUUUAAAAUAUUUAGAAAUAAAAAAUUAUGUUCCAAAUGAAAUUAAUUGUAAUACAUUUGCUUUAUCAACUUGGAUAAGAAUAAAUGAAAUAGAUUCAUUUUUAGAUGAAUUUAAGUAUUAAUUGAUAAAACUGUCAGGGAAUUUUUAAAAUUAAAAGUUGAUUCAAGAUAAUCUGUCAGCUUUUCAGUUAUUUUAUAAAAUGACAAAGUCUGAGAAUUAGAUUGUGGUAACGACUUAUAGUUACACUUUUCCUGCUAUUAAUAUUGAUUUUUCAGAUGAUCCUUUUUUAAUUACAAAAAUAUUUAAUGUAGAGUGUGAUAUAAAACUUUGGCAUUAAUUACUAGUAAUAAAGGGUGAGACAUCUAUUAAAAUUUAGAUAACAUUUUACGAUGGUUAUGAAUAAUAUAAAUUUUAAACAGAAAUAGCAGUAAUAUAAUUUCAUAUGGUUUAAUUUUAAUUUCGUUAUGGCAAUAUAUUACAAUAAAGUUCAAGUUCUUUUUAAGUUUAACUUUAUAUGAUGAAAUUUUUGAGUUGUGUGAAUAGUUAUACAUUCUAAUUUAUAUGUCAUUACACAUGUUAAGAAUGUGAUGGUCCAACAAGCUCAGAUUGUUUAUCAUGUUUUCAGUCUUCAAAACGUAAAUAUUUGGCUGCUUACAAAACAUGUGUAUGUCCAUAUGGUACAAUUGAUGAUGGUAAAAUUUGUUAAGAUUAUUUAACUUAAAAAUUAGUUUUAGUUGAAAAUGAAAUUUAAAAAGAAUAAUGUCAAUAUGGAUACUUUGAAUAUCUAGAUGACUGUUGGAAAUGGUAAUUUAUUCAUUUUAUUUUUAAUUUAGUCCAUCAAUUAUAAGUAAUAAAUUCACUACUUGUCUUGAGUGUUUACUAAAUCCAAAGACAUGGUCUAAUAUCUUUUAUUGUUAAACUUUACUUUACACAGAUGAGUAUGGUAAUACAACUUAAUUUAUAACUGAUUUGAAAUUCUAAUAUAUAUUCGAUGGUAAUGAUGUUAGUUUUUGUGAAAAUUGUCAAUAAACUAAUUAGAUAUAUUAAGACUAUUUGA